AUGGCGCCCAAGGGAAAGAACUCGUUUACCCUCAAGACGCCCAAGGGGACCAAGGACUGGUCUGGCCCUGAUGCCCUGCUACGCGACAACAUCUUCAGCACCAUUACCAAUGUCUUCAAGCGUCACGGUGGCAUGGCGCUUGACACACCUGUCUUUGAGCUGCGCGAGAUCCUGGCGGGCAAGUACGGCGAGGAUUCGAAGCUGAUAUACGACCUGCAGGACCAGGGCGGAGAGAUAUGCUCGCUGCGAUAUGACUUGACCGUCCCCUUUGCACGAUGGCUGGCCAUGAAUCCGGAUGUGCGCAACAUAAAACGAUACCACUUGGCCAAGGUGUACAGACGAGAUCAGCCAGCUAUGACAAAGGGACGGAUGAGAGAGUUCUACCAGUGCGACUUUGACAUUGCCGGCGCAAAGUUUGACCCCAUGGUUGCGGACUCGGAGGUGCUUAAGAUUGUCACCGAAGUGUUCGAGGACCUGGGAUGGAAGGGGAAAUAUACGAUUAAAGUUAACCACCGAAAGAUUUUGGAUGGUCUGUUUGAGGUGUGUGGUGUACCUCAGGAUAAAAUACGGACCAUCUCCAGCGCGGUGGACAAGCUGGACAAACUAACCUGGGAGGACGUCAGGAAGGAAAUGGUGGAUGAAAAGGGCCUCGAUGGUGCCGUAGCUGAUAGCAUUCAAACAUAUGUUGUUCGAAAGGGCGGACGAGACCUCCUUGAAUCAUUGCUGACAGAUGAGAAACUCACUGCCAACGCCUCUGCCAAAGCCGGCUUGGAUGACAUGGCCUUGUUGCUUGAAUACCUUGAAGACUUUGGCGUGGUAGACAAGAUCUCCUUCGAUAUGAGUCUUGCUCGUGGUCUUGAUUAUUACACCGGUCUUAUUUACGAGGUCAUCACUGAAGGCUCAGCGCCUGCAACUGCUACCUCUGCCCCUGAAGCCCAAGCCCUGCAACGCUCCUCGAAGAAGGACAAGAAAGUAGACCCUGAUGAGGACAGAUCUAAUGAUCCUUCUGUUGGCGUCGGUAGUGUUGCUGCUGGAGGGCGAUACGAUGACCUAGUCGGCAUGUUCUCGCCAAAGGCCCAGAUACCGUGUGUCGGAGUAUCGUUCGGUGUUGAUCGAAUCUUCUCCAUCACCAAAGCUCGCAUGCAGCGUGAGAGCAAUGCAAAUGCUCUACGGAGCAGUGAGGUGGAUGUAUACGUUAUGGCGUUUGGCGGCAAGGGAUUCACAGGAUUACUGAAGGAGCGAAUGCAGAUCUGCAGGUCACUUUGGGAGGCCGGUAUCAAGGCUGAAUUCUCAUAUAAAGUCAAACCAAAACUUCCCGCUCAAUUCAAAGCUGCUGAAACCAAUGGCAUCCCCUUCGCCGUUAUUCUAGGUGAAGAUGAGCUUGCUGCUGGGCAAGUCCGCGUCAAGGAGAUGGGUCUUCCAGAUGGCCACCCCGAGAAGGAAGGCGUGCUGGUUGACGUCGACUCUCUUACGACUGAAAUCAAGCAAAGGCUGGAGAAGAAGGCGAGCGGGGCUGAUGCACCUGCAGAAGCACCAGUAGAUGAGCCAGCGGACCUAGCCCAGAAAGUAAAGGAUCUGUUGUAG